CUAUUAUCUGCUACAUAUAGUUGGUAAUUUCGCCUUCAACGCUAUUAACUAUGUCAACUUGCAUGAGUUUCAAUGAAUCGUUAAUCGAGGAGACACGAUUAUAUUAUGCUAAGGUUGAAAUAUGUCAUCCAUGGUACUUUACCUAUUUCUGGAUAGUAUUUACAUAUUUUUAUGCUAUUUUAUCCGUUUUUGUUCAUUCAUCAUCUCUUUGGUUAACUGUAAAUAUGGCCGUUUUACGAUAUUUGGUACUGAAACGAAGUGCAACAUCAACAUCAAAGAUACCGAUUGUUAAUACUUUCAAAGCCGCAUUUAUCGCCAUAAUUGCUGCUAUCAUUAUUUCACUUCUUGGUUCUUUACCAAAUAUGUUGAGAUAUCAGGUGAAUCAUUUCGUUAUUACUGAUAAUAAUAAAUAA